AUGCCCAGAGAACAAGAUGACAAGCUAGCCCAAACGGAGCACGACCAAUAUCAUUCCGCAGCAUAUGCGGCUGCUGGGGAAGCUCAAAUGAGCUUCACCCCCAUUAAUCAAAUUCAUCAACAUUUAUGCGGCCUACAUAUCUACUCGCACGAUCCGACCAGAGCAGUGAAAGCACAUCAUUAUUGCACGCACCUGAGAAAAGAUUUACAUCAGUGUGUGAUUUACGAUAGUGAUGACAAGAAUGCGAGGUUGAUUGGUAUUGAAUAUCUCAUACCGGAAGAUGUGUUUAUCACCCUCCCAGAGGACGAGAAGAAAUACUGGCACUCACAUAAAUACGAAGUGGAUUCUGGAAUGUUAAUGUUAGGUACUAAAUCGCUUGUUCCAAACGCAAUGACAGACGUAGCAGAACGUCCAGCGAUGUUAGAACUCCAUCGAACGUAUGGUAAAACUACUCAUACUUGGGCUUUCGAUCAACAUCCAGAUUUACCUCUUGGUCCUCCACAAAUCAUGAUGGCUUACACAGAGGAUGCACAAGUCGAUAAAGCCCUAUUGGCAGAGAGAGAUCGGGAGAUGGGUGUGGAUACUUCUUCUAAAAGGGAAACUAGGAAAGGUUAUUUGAUAAAAGAUAAUCUCGAGAGACCACCUGCAGAAGGUGCAGAUCAAAUUUGGAGUAAAGGUAGGAAAGGGCAAUUGGAAUGGGUCGAUCAGGAAUAA